UGUUUUCCAGAGUUUUUCGAGCCAGGUUUGGUAUGAGCAGCACGCCGUCAGUGAUCUUUGCGCCCCGAGGGAAUAAGAAGCUGCUGCAGGAGCUUCCCCACAUCAGACAAACCUAAGCGUGCCAAGGUGAUUAUAGGCUACUGUAACUCAAGGUUACACACGAUUAUGAAAUUGCAUAAAUGAAAAUGCCUUUCCUCUGUCAUAAUUGGGGGUGAGGGGGUGGGCACACGAGCGACGGUACAAAACUCGCCCCGGUUCCACUCGGAGCGCAGCGGCGCGCAGGAACCAACCCCGAAACCAGCGGGACUUUUAUUUGACCAUACUUCACUUUGGAGGAUAAAGCAAGAAAACAACCAUGAUAGUCAACGAGGUUUUCUCCUGUUUUGUUUUCUAUGGAGUGCUUCUUGUGGUGAAGAUGUACGCUGUGGCGAUCAUAACGGGACAAGUGAGGCUGCGGAAGAAGGCCUUUGCCAACCCAGAGGACGCAAUGAGACGCGGGGGUGUGCAGUACCACAAAGAGGACCCAGACGUGGAGCGCUGCCGAAGAGCCCACCGCAAUGACCUGGAGAACAUCCUGCCUUUCCUGUUUUUGGGUGCCGUGUACUCCCUCACCGGCCCUUCGCUGUUUGUGGCCCGUCUUCACUUCUUCAUCGUCUUCGUGGCUCGUGUGGUGCACACCGUGGCCUACCUGCUGGCCCUGCGUGCGCCCACCCGCUCUGUGGCCUACACGAUUGGACAGAUGCCCUGUGCCUCCAUGGCGCUGCAGGUCCUAUUUUCAGUCAUCACAUAUGCCUAACAUCCCCCAGCCAGGGACCGGAUGUGUGUGCUGUUCUCACUCACUAGGUGUCGGUUAUAAUUUGUGAUAUAUAUCAGUAGAAAGGGGAGGAGAAUACCUGAUAGGCUUGUUUGAAGACAGGAUAGGAAAGAUAAGAUGCUUCAGUUAGUGUGCAAUACAUGGUGUGUGUGCUUGCAGCAAUGCUGGGUUUGUGAAAUAUCAGCAGUAUUUUAUUUUAUUUUUUAAAUCAUUUUAUUUACAAAGUUAAAAUGUGAGAGUUCCUUCCUGUUUGUCUGAGGAGCUUAUUUUGAAGUGAAGAGCGGUGUUAUCACGCACUGUACUUGUAUUUGAAAUGCAAAUGAAGGUUGUUGUUUGUCUUUAUCUUUAUCUGCUCUUGGUGAAACAGCCUGAUGGAAUCAAGAAUGAUUGAUGGACAAACUUCAGUUUAUUCCGCGUUAUAACACAUUGUCCAGUACUGUAUACGGAUCCCUCAUUGUAGUGUUUACACAGCACAGACCGACCUUCAUGUGGAUGAACGACUACACAAGAGACCUCACUGUUAUCCCUUUGUGUCCUCAGAAGGUUUUCCUGCUUUCUUACAUUUAAAGGACUACUCCAGGUUUUGGGCGAAAUACCCCUUUUCUGUCUUAACCAGACUGAGACAAGAUGUUCGAUACCAUUUUCACCUCUGUUCGUCCAGCGAUUCAGUUCCUAUUUGUAGCAUUUCUAUGUUAGCUUAGCAUAAAGACUUGAAGUCUAUGGGAGUCAUUAGCCUAGCUCCGUCAAAGUGAAAAAAUAAACCUUACAGCAACUCUGAAGCUGUCUUAUUUACACAAUGUACUGCAAAUUCCAUGACUUGGAAUUAAAAAAAAAAAAAAAAAAAAAAAAAAAAGGAGAGUCCUUUUGGGGGAAAGUUAUUUUAUGCUGGAUCUAGCUUUAUUUUCAGUGGCGUGUGGAUCACUGGGCCAGAUGGAAAGAUAGGACACCUGAAUUCUAGCAGUUGUAGUUUCACUAUCUAACUAGAACAACUGAACAACUGCCAACAACAACUAAAUCUCUCUUUCUCUCUCUCUCUCUCUCUCUCUCUCUCUCUCUCUCUUUUUUCUUUUUAAUCCAGUACAUGUGUUUCAGAGGUGAAAUGGUAUUGAACAUCUUGUCUCAGUCUCCUGGAUAAGUCCGAAAAUGGGUAUUUUGCCCAUAAUGUUGGACUGUUCCUUUAAAUUUCAUCUGUUAGGUUAUGUUGUGGUAACGUGUGUUUGCCCGAUGAUGGUGUUCAGUGCUACAUGCAGCAGAGCUUUAUAACACCCAGUGGAGCUGUGCUGUUUUUGGUGAAACAAUUUUUUGGACCAAGAAACAAAUGCCUGGGAACAACCUCGAGAGAACAUGGAAGAUGAAAAUUGUGAAAGAGGUGAAACUGACCACCAGUUUGUCCUUGUUGUUGCUCUGCAGUGCCGUUGUGUGUUGGACAGUCGAUCAUGAGGCGAUUUGUGUUGCAUUAACUUAUUUCAUUGAAUGUAUGAGGGGAUAUAUUUGUCUGUGCUGGGGCAAAGCCUGGAUAAGUUUUAUUUGGCAAUAAAAGAUUUUUACACUCAA